UUUAGAAGUACUGGGAAUGGGCAGCCUGUGCAGUAACGAAGGUGAAGUAGAAGUAGGACAUACUGAGUUGAAGAAGAAGAAGACUAAGCCAAGCUUCAAGCCAGAAAUGGUAGAGCAAGAUGAACUCUAUUCAGAGUUUUCAGGGUCGGACUGGGAAGAUUCUGACUUUGGUGAUGUGGAUACCAAGCCGAGCUUUCAUAGGAGAGGGUAUAAGAAGAAUAUGUUUAAGCAGGAUGUGUAUGAAUGGAUAGAGGACAACUUAGAAUCCAAGGAGGCCCUUAAGAGAUUUAAAAAGCUAGGACCGUUCAUGAUCAAAACUCGGGAUAAUGGGGCAAAAAGAAAUAAUUUUGGCUACAAAGCCCAAAAGCAGCUUGAUUAUUUCGGUGAGAUACAAGGCAGCAAAAGAUCUGGAAGAGGAGUAUUUAUUAGGAACGGGACUGACUUGUAUGAAGGGUUUUUGAAGAACAAUAAGCCUGAUGGAAGAGGCCGACUCAUAUACAACAACGGAGAUAUAUAUCAAGGCGAUUUCGAAAAUGGCAAUUACUGAGGAUAUGGCAAAAAGGUGUCCAAGAAGUACUUCAGACAAGGAGAAUUUAAUGAAGGAAAGCUUAAUGGAAAUGCUCUCGAGAUAUCUAAGAUUUCGCCGAAAGAUAAGUAUUAUGGAGAAUUUUCGAAUGAUAAAAAGCACGGUACUGGAGAAAUGUAUUUCGAGAAUGGAGAUGUUUAUAAGGGUGGCUUUAAGAAUAACAAAUUCCAUGGCCAAGGAACCAUGAAUUUUAAAAAUGGUGAUACUUACACAGGUAAUUUCGAAAGAGGCAUGAGACACGGUUAUGGAAGAUACAGCUUUAAAUCAGGCAAACUCUAUGCUGGAAAUUUCAAAGAUAACAUGUUCCACGGUGAAGGAACUCUUACAAAGAAGGAUGGUAAUACCUAUGAAGGAAUGUUCAGAAAUGGUAAAAAACACGGUCAAGGCUAUCAUAUCGACAGAAAGAAUAAUAAAACAAAAGUUAAAUAUGUCGAUGGAGAGCAAGUCUAAAAUAAUUGAUUUCUUA